AUGGCAGCAGUGAACGGUACGGUUCUGGUGAAAUCCUUGGUCGCAACAUUGUUAACCGGGGAUAGAUAUAUCCUACGGCGGAUUGCAAUCUCAGGUGUACGCCGGAACCAUCACAAAGCGCACGAUCUAGUGGAGGAACACGAUCGUCAGCAUGACGUAGAAGAGGUACGAAUACCCGUUCCGUACGGUGAGAUAGCCGGUAAAUGGUGGGGCCCUCGGAACGUUCGACCCAUCGUGACACUUCACGGUUGGCAGGACAAUGCGGGUACCUUCGAUCGCUUGAUACCGUUACUGCCGAAGCACAUGAGCUUUCUGUCACUGGAUUUACCGGGACAUGGCCUAUCGUCUCGCAUUCCGGAUGGUAUGAUGUACCACACGGUCGACAACACGUUCGCACUGUUCCACGUUAUGCGCGAGUACCGAUGGAAGAAGCUUUCCCUGAUGGGGCACUCGAUGGGUUCCAUCAUAAGCUUCCUGUUCGCGGCCACCUUUCCCGAUAAGGUGGAUUUUUACGUCGGGAUCGAUGCGCUCAAGCCGCACAUUGCCGAUGCGUCCAAAUUUCCCGGCCGGUUGGAGAAACGGCUUCCCCAGGCGUUGCUAGCCGAUAUACGGAACCGCGAAAAAUCGGAACCACCAUCCUAUCCGUACGAGGAACUUAUCGAACGGCUUCAUCUCGGCACGAACAAAUCAGUGUCCCGCGAGGCAGCUCCCUUUCUGCUGUAUCGUAAUACGCGCAAAUCCACACUCCACCCGGACCGGUACUACUUCACGCGGGACAGCCGGCUAAAGUACGGCGUUGGGCUCGGGUGGGAUCAGGCCAUUAAUCUGGAGUUUGCGAAACGGGCCGUGAUGCCGUACCUGUUCAUCAAGGCGAAACAUUCCCCGUACUACGAGGACAGGAAGUACUUUAACGAGUUUGUCGAUCUGGUUAAGCAACACAAUGCACAGUUUGAGCUGGAGUUUGUCGACAGUACGCACCAUUUGCAUCUGACCGAGCCGGAAAAGGUGGCGCCUAUCAUUAAUCGGUUUUUGCAGAAAUACUGGAAGGAGGAAAGGAUGUAA